UUUCUUACGUAAUUUUAUCUCUUCUGUACUCUUAUCAAUGUUGUUGUGAAGAACAGGUCAUGAGGGCCAGAGAAGAUAAAAGAACAAAAUAGCUGAGGUUGAGGUGCGGAGUCCAGAAAGACUAAUACCCCCUUUCCCUCCUUCCUUGAAUCAGCUUAGACUAGAGACCUAUCCAAGUACAUCACUUAAAAUGUGAGCACUGGUUGAGUAUGGGAAACAUGAGGAAAAAAGUCUGCCAAGUCUUUGGCAGGAAUUGCAUGCAUUCCAGAGCUGGUCUUUGUGAAGCACUGCGUUUUGUUAGAGCAGAACUACAUCCUCCAACCUCAGCGUGCAAGAGCUGCCAUUCACUUACAGCCUUAGUUUCCAUCUGGGGAAAAAAAAAAUAUCCGUGUUUAAAAGGCUUUGUUUUGGCUCCGGCUUCGGUCUCUAAAACUGUUGCAUCAGACACCGGACAGGGGGUGCUGGAGCUCUCCUGCCAGCCUUGGGCUCAUAAGCCGGAGUCCAGUGAGCGCAGUGCAUGGAGGUGCGUGCUGGCCAGGCAAGCUUACUCCAGAGGGCAAAAGCCCGCUUUUCUCUUUUGCUUAAAAGUUUUGCUGUUUUCAUAUCUCAUGCCUGUCGGGAAUGCGCACAAAGGCAACAUAGGAACUUCCUGAGCUGUUCAGUAACCUCACCUGUGCUAGCAGUUUUGCCAAAAUGUUGCCAGAGGGCUACACUGAGUGACUGUAGUGAUGAUAUUUGAAAGAAAAUAAAGAGCUCAGUGACUUUUGCCAAGUAUUGUCUGAGAUACUGAAUUGAUUCCCCCCCCCCCUUCUUUUUUAUUUUCUCAUGUGGCUGGAGGCUCAGCCACUUCAGUUUUGCUGGAGGCCUUUCAGAGUCAUAGGAAGGUUUAGUACUUCUGUGUAAUAUACUAGAUCUUUUGGGAUUUUUUUUUUUUUUGAGUAAAACCAGUAGAAAGUGUGCUUUUUGGUUCUGGAAACAAAACAAGUCUUCCCCUCCCCCCCCUGUUUCUUAACUUUUACAAAUUAAAUUGUCUUCAGUUUCAAGGAAGAACACUGAAAAAACACUAACUUCUGAAAAACGUUAGUACUUAAAAAUAGUUUUUUCCUGUCCUGAGCUGUCUGCUGAUCAUGUUGGAAUAUGGCUUCGAUCUGAACCUGCAUUUCCUUUAACUACUCAUAUGAAAAUGUGAGGUAAUUCAAGUGAAAUGGCUGCUCCCACCCACCUUCAGCAUUAACUGCUGAACCCUUCCUGAAGUGCAAGUAAACUCUGUGUGUGGAGAGUGUUGCCAGGCUUUGCCUGUUAGUGUUUAACUGGUUGCAGAAAUACAUGUAAUUUUAGAAAAGCUGUAGUUAUUUUCAUGCAAACAAUCCCAAUUAUAGGAUUUAUUACACUCAUAGCCAAUAAAAUUGUUAACUGUGGGUUUAUUAGAUUUUCUUUAACUUCCUGAGAUACAGGCUCUGAUUGUAUUUUAAUAUCGGAGUCUUCUGCAUUUCACGUGGAGCCAAUGAAAGCCAGCCUGACUCUCAUGAUGUCAAUAGCUGCACGUUGUUCAGCGUUAGUGUUAGACCAAUUUGUGGCAAACUUUCACAUUCUAAAAAAAUCCCCAGAUGACUCCUAGUUUUGCUCAUAGCCAUGGAUAUAGAUAGCUAAGAUGUGGUGGCUGAAGAGAAAGGAGGCGUAAUUACUUAGUAGUUAACUACCAAGCAGUAAAAACCAACAAUAACAACAAACCCUCAAACUCUAAAAGUAAAACGCCAUUUCAGACCACUUACCUUGUGUCAUCUGAGAGUCCAAAGUGAUUUAGUCCUUACCAGUGCAUUAAAAAAAGAAAGAAGAGCAGAGAGGAUCAAGUUCUGGCACAGAAAAGUUAAUAAUUAAUAUAUUUUUAAAAAAGAUGAUAAAUUAUUAAUAAGAAAAUCGUGGUCAUCAAUACUCACAUCGAUACUGGAAAGAAUGGAAACUCAUGUCUUUGAGGCAUUUUUCUUGUAAGAAAUUGUCUGGCAAAAUGAAACCAAUAGGAUUUGAAGUUUGCUCUCUAGUUUUACAGAGGGUCAAACACUGCCAGAAUACAGUGGUUUGGGAUUCAUAGAGGACAUAUUUUGGGGGCAGGCUUCUAUUGUCAGUGAACAAUGUCUUUAUGUGGCUCUUCUGAUCUUACUAUUUGUAUUUGUUUAGAAGAGAAAAAAACCCUGGAAUUACAAUAGAGAAAAAUAAAUAAGGGAAUGAGGCAGUAUGGAGCCUGCUUGCCUUCGGUACUGUGGAAGUAAAAGUUGCAGGGCUGUCGAGACGUACAUUAACUAAAGAGCAAUGUUUGCUGGUGCAGUAACCACUCAUCAAACAGUUCUGUGGAUUCUGGACCUGUGCCUCUUCCCAUAUACAAAAAUGCAACAAGAGAACUCCAUAGGUGCUUUAAACUGGAAAAACUUCAGUUAUUAGAAAAGCUGAGGAUCGACUUCGUGGAAUUAUUCCACUGCAAGAGGGCAGCCAGGUCUUUCUUGUUUUUAAUGAAUUGUACCUUAUCUACCCUUUACAUAUCAUAUCCUGGAGGAGCCUUGCGUCACAGAAACCUAUGUUAAACAAGCCAGAUGCUUGUGGGUACCAUUGCCUGUGCUUCUGCCCAUCUCUCUGGCACUUCGUAGGUGGGGGAACGGGAGUUUGCAUCCAAGAGAGCAGAGCUGCUGCCAGCCAAGGCAGCUUUGACCUCUCCUGCUAGUGUGUUGAUGAGUGCAGUUCAUUCUGUGGACUACGCAGGCUUUGCAGCUCUGCUCCAGUAAAACUGCGGCAGUUUUGCCCACUCACAGCUCUACUCAGGUUUGAUCCCCACUUCCACACCCUCGUCCCAGCUAGUCCAAGCACGAGGUGAGGUUAGUCCAGUAAAUUGCUAAAGGCUUGCUCUGUGCCUCCUGCACUGAGGGUAAGGAGGAAAGAUUUUCUGCUUGUUUGGAGCAAGAAACUCUUUAUUUGAAUAAUAAAAAGUACAUACGCAUUUUUUUAAAAUGCCUGAAGCCACAUUUUUCAUGCAUUGUUCACCACAUUAUUUCUUCCUUAAAAUUUCAAUGGACCUUCUGGUAAAGGAGCCAGAGUUCACAGGGCUGGCAAAGGGUGAGCUGUAACCAUCAUCCAUGCCUGCUUGAGAGAAGAGGUAGCACAAUCAAAUCUUUGACCAGAAUAAAAAGAAAUUCAGUGUAACAGAAGUGAGGUAGCUUAUGUGAUAUAUUAAUUCUCUAAUGGGGAUGUGCACUGUUGCUGGGGUUGGCAAAGCAACCUGUAGCAAAACAUGGGCUCGGAUGUCUUGGAAGUGCAGCAUGGCUGAAUUUGCAGAGAUUUGCUGUCUCAUCAAAAUGGACUUGAAGGGAAAAAUGUGCCUAGCAGCGUUUUUAGUCAGAAGUGCUUUGAAGUCAGGCAGAAUUGAAAACAAGGUUCAUGCGGCUGAAUUAGAAUCCAUACAAGGAAUAUGUCUCCCUUCCAAAGGGAGGGGUUGACUGUGUGAUUUUAGUUGGCUUUAGCACCCCUGAGCACAUCCUUCUAGUUGCCUGGCAGCCAGAUUGCACAGCAUAGCUGGGUGAGCUCAUACUUACUACGUUAAAGUCACCCACCUUGGUAAAACAGCCAGUGUUAUUGCUUUCUUCCCUUGCUCAGUUAGAGUAGGAACAAAUGGGUCAGUUGUGCAGACAGCUAAAUUCUCAUCAGUAGUUUUCAGAGUAAACAGAUUAGAUGUGAACUUUGCAGAUCUGUAUGGACAGCACAGCACUGAGUCCCUGACACUGUAUAUUGUGAGUAUGCAGGCAGAGGCUGGGGUGGUACAAAUCUGCCUAGCUCCACUGGCAGGAAAAACAGCAAGCCAAUAGAUACAUAGUGAUCUAUGUCUAGCAGCAUCUGGAAUAGUUCACUUUCAUUACGUGAAGAAUUGCUACUAAAAGAGCAUGAUCUUUCCUUCUGAAAGGAUUGGAUUUAAAAUGAGUUGGGAUUGCUAACGUGAUCUUUGACCAAAAUGUGUUCUUAACUCCAUCCUCGAUUACAGCAGGACAUGAUGGAAUAUAGCAGAAAAAAUCCACAAUAAGUAUUAAUGAUAAGAAUUCUUAUCAUAAGAAAGAUUUUUUUUGCAGUGAGAGAAACCAAUCACUGGAACAACCUCCCCAGGGAUGGGGUGGAGUCCCCAGUGAUGGAGGUUUUUUCCAGAUGUGACUGGACAGGGUGCUAGAUAAUCUCCCUUUCCCAUGAAAGGUUGGACCAGAUGGUCUUUCGAGGUACUUCCAACCUGGGCUGUUCUAUGAUUCUAUGGUUAAUACCUUUGUAUUUGUUUAGCACUGCUCAGCUUAGGGUCUCAGCUGACUCUCAAAGGCUCAGGUCUUGGAAGCGCCUGAAGGCAGUUGUGCCUUAUCUUGAUCUUGAAGAUUUGUGUUGACCAAAGUCAGAAUGAGAUUCAGUGGAGGACAAAGGAUUCAACUCAGGCCAUAUGUAUCAAAACCUCUCUUGAUGAGAAUAGAUCCUGCCAUUGGUUUAAGCCUGCCCAGAGGAGCUGCUUGAAGAUCCUUGCAAAUUUUUGUGGUAUCCAUCGCUGGUGGUUUGAACUGGCCUCAUUUCUUACAUGGCUGUCCUGAGGUUAGACUAGAUAUUCUGUGCAGACAAAACCCUGCUUACUGGUAAAUCAGAACAACAUUGGUGGGGAAUAUCUAUCUAAAAAAAGGCAUUUUCCGUGUAAAACUAGCAAAUGCUUUUUUUUUUUUUUUUUUUUAAGCAACUUGAAUGUCUGAUUCUAAUCUUACUGUGUUGUCUUUUAUAUUCACAGGUAUAUUUUGAAAACAGUAAUUCUGGGCCAGAUGCUCUCCUUGUUUAUCUGUGGGACUGCUGUUACAAGCCAAUACCUAGCAGAACAAUACCAAGCAGUGACAGUCUUUGGCAAAUUCUGAAACAGAGGUGGUGGAAGUAUAUAAUUUUGGGACUGGCUGAUGUUGAAGCCAAUUACAUGAUUGUAAAAGCCUACCAAUACACGACCCUCACAAGUGUACAGCUCCUGGACUGUUUUGGGAUUCCUGUGCUGAUGGCUUUGUCAUGGUUCGUUCUCCGUGCAAGAUACAGGCUGAUCCAUUUUCUUGCUGUUGCUGUCUGUUUGCUGGGUGUAGGAACAAUGGUGGGUGCAGACAUUUUGGCAGGGAGGCAGGACAGCAAAGGUAGUGACGUGGUGAUUGGAGAUGUCUUAGUGCUUCUUGGUGCUUCUUUGUAUGCCAUUUCUAAUGUGAGUGAGGAAUACAUUGUGAAAAAUCUGAGCAGAGUGGAGUUUCUAGGAAUGGUGGGCUUGUUUGGGACUGUUGUCAGCGGUCUACAGCUAGGCAUUGUGGAACAUAAGGAGAUAAUGAGAAUUCAGUGGAACUGGAAAAUUGCUUUGCUGUUCACAGCCUUUGCCCUGUGCAUGUUUGGGCUGUACAGCUUCAUGCCCGUAGUGAUUAAAGUUACCAGUGCAACCUCGGUCAACCUGGGUAUUCUGACAGCCGAUCUCUACAGUCUGUUCAUUGGGCUUUUCCUCUUUUAUUAUAAGUUUUCAGGUCUUUAUAUCCUGUCCUUCGUUAUCAUCAUGGUGGGCUUCGUCUUGUAUUGCUCCACUCCAACUCGAACAGCAGAACCCACUGCCUUGCCACAGCCCAGCAGCACUGGUUUGGACAACGCUGCGCUGAAGCUCGAUGAGAAUGACAGUGAAACCCCAGCUGUAACCGUACAGUUCACAAGUGGAGAAGCUGUGGUGGUCAGCACUGGGUAAAGAAGUGUCAGCAUUCCGAAAAAGAGCCUUUUUCUUUUUUUUCUUUUUACUGCCAAAUAUCCCUCAAAUUUCAAUCUGGAGAAUUGUUCUACUGCCAAGGCGUAUGUCAUGCUGCACUGGUUUUAAUGCACUGAACAGACUUUUAAGGCCAGAUCCUCAAUCAGUGAAACUGUAUUGAUUUACCCUUGCAGCAAAUCUGGCCCUCAGAAGAAGUCAGAAUAGUGUUUAUGUGGAGCCUCUGCAAAGUGAGAGACUGUUAUUUUUUAAUGCUUAAUUAACUUAACAGCAAAUGCUUGGGGGAAAAAACUAAGCCAAAGCAAGCUCCCAGGUCACUAAAUGGAGCAAAUAUAUUUUAUAUUGCAUUAGGGACCUAAAUCUGCAAGAUGCAAGAUGCUCUCUUCAUGGUUCCCACCCCUCAGUACCAGGUGCCCUCAAAUAGCAUCUUGCAAAAGCCACUCAGCUUCUCACCGCAUCUAGUUCUGCAAGCUGUAUUACGUAGGUACACCUUCCAUGUGCUGAUGGACUUCAUUCCUCCACUGAAGGACUUGCUUCUUACAUUCCACCCAGAUGUUCAUCUCUCAUGUUCCUGCACUCCCUGUUGCAGCUGGGGCUGCUACGAGUAUUUUAUUUUGAAUUUUGCUAGUAAAGGAAGUUAGAAUGUGUGUUUUUAUAAUCCCUUCUUUUUCUCUCAGUGGCGUGUUGUUUGGUGCAUUCCCACUAGGUGGAGGAGACCGAGUCAGGCCCUUGCUCUGUUCGAUAAGAACCGAAUGUUGUUUCUCUGGGUGAGACAGCAAAAGGGUUUGAACUGAAGUUCACUUCCUAGUGAAUGUCUCCCUGAAAUGGGACACAUUUCUGCAGAAAGAUUUGAAUAAAACUGGCAUUUCCCGAAAAAAAAAAAAAAAAAAAAGGCAUAUUAGC